CUGAGGAGGUGAUCUGUGCUAGAUCUGUCACUGUGUGUGUAAGCAGUCUAGAUAACUCCCUGGUACUGUCUCAGUAGUUGAAACUCACACAGAUGUUCACAAUGCUUCUGCUCAUAUUGUCCAUACCAGCUGCCUGGGCAGCCUCUGAUGAUUACCAUUGGGCAUAUUCUGGUGAAAAUGGUGAGACUUCAUGGCCAACAAAAUAUGGGUUCUGUGGGGGAGUCCAUCAGUCUCCCAUUGAUUUCCACCAUAGUAUCCUGCAGUAUGACUCCACCUUGGUUCCCAUCAUAUUGCAAGGAUACAACGUCUCCACCACAGACUACUUCACGUUGUCUAAUAAUGGACAUACAGUUUCUAUGUCUCUGCUGCCGACAAUGUCUAUUGAGAUUCCACCUUUCACGUACAUUGCCUCAAGUCUUCAUUUCCACUGGGGCAAUCUGGCACACCCUAAAGGAUCAGAACACUGUAUCGGAGGCAAGAGGUUUUCAGCAGAGGUGCAUAUUGUGCAUUAUAACUCUAAGUAUGCGGAUCUUGCCACUGCAAUGAAUGCUGCUGAUGGUCUGGCUGUACUGGGGAUCCUCCUAGAGGUUGGCUCGUUUCAUUCAUCCUAUGACCGAAUCUUGUCUCAGCUAGUCAAUGUCAAAUACAAAGGUCAGAAUGCUCUAAUUCCUGGAUUUAAUCUGCAAGCGUUGUUGCCUGCAAGGCUGGAUGACUUCUAUCGUUAUGAGGGAUCGCUCACCACCCCACCCUGUAAUCCCAGUGUUUUAUGGACAGUCUUUAGAAAUCCAGUGUUCAUUUCUGUAGAACAGCUGCAAUCCUUGGAGACUGUGCUAUACUGCACCGAUGGCAACAGCACUGUAUCCGUGGAAAUGAUAGAUAAUUAUCGCCAGCUACAAAAGAAAGGAGACAGGAUUGUGUCCGUAUCUUUUCGAGAAGGUGUAGUUUUAGCUGUGGUAUUUGCCUCUCUCCUCGGCGUAUUGGUGAUUACCGGAGUGACCUGCUAUCUGUGUAAUCGUAAAAGACGGGGCAAAAAGAAUGAGGAGAAAAGGGUGGUGUACAAAGCUGCUAUGGUCGCAGAAGAAAAUACUUCUAAAGUAUGAAUUUCAACAGAUCCCUCUCCAUGCCUUCGGAUGUAUAUUGUUCCAGACGUGGAUUGGUUUCCCAGAUGGGACUAUAUAUACUUUCGGCUUAGACAUUCUAUGGCCAGGUUAGGACUAUGCAGACCACAAAAGGACAGUGAUCCAUAUUUUAAUCUGUAAUCUUUUAUGGUUUUUGUUUUAAAUCAUUGUUGCAGGAAUU